UUGUCCCAAAUUUUAGCCAAAUUAAUUAACGAAUCUCAUUUCACUUAUGCUCGUUUUAAUCAGUAAGAUCAGCCGCAAGCUGGUACAGAGCCGGAUUUUCCAUUUUGGCUUUUAAAAAAUUUAUAAUAAAUAAAAUACGGACUCGCAGCUAAGCAACCCGACAGAGGAUUUAAAGAAAUGGAUCGUACAAACAUGGCAAGCCCGUUAGGGAGGACGUUAGCUUCCCCUAGAAAACGAAUGUCAAUAAUUCAAUCACUGAAGAAAAAUAGUUCCACGACGAGCGUGUCUGUACGGACAAAUCAAUCUGUACAAGUGGUAUGCAGGACACAGAACCACACGGUGGAAAGCUUCGGUUCUCCAUUGCCAGUUUUAGUUACGGAGGCAUUGACAUUUGUAGAUCGGAAUACGGCUGUCAGCGUUAAUGUAUCUGUGGAUGGUUGGGCCUGGCUUGUCUAUGGUCGCAAAUUACUUGUGUGGCAAUGUAAAACCAAUAUUCACGAUCCUAAGCAAAGAAGAACCUUUAAGACUCAGUGUCGCGAAUUGUUGCUACCUCAAAGUGAUUUGGCUCAUAAAGCGGAUUGCAUAGCAGUCUGGGUACCACCAGGUCACCAGGUUCCUAGCUGCAUGGCAGUCUCGCCGGAAGGAGUGGUGCGUUUCUGGGCGAGUGUGGCACACGAAGGAUCUUCCGUAGAGACUAGCGCUGAACUCGCGGGACAGGAAGUGGAUUGUCUUAUACACAUACCAGGCCAUGGAUGCAUUCUAGCCACGACUACGUGUACGGUGGCGCUCUUACAGCCACAGUUCAACAGUGGAAAGAACCAAAUUACGUGCCAGGUACUUCGAACGAGUCAGGGAUGGCUCGGCGGUAUAGGUCGCAGAAUGACCUCCCUUAUUUUCGGGGCGAUACCACAAUCGCCUGUCACGGAAACGAAACUGGUGAAAGUCACGUGCACGUCACUGGACGAGAAAGCCUCGAGAGUUCUCAUUCUCGCCGGGUCUUCCCUGCAGUAUUGGUUUUUUUCUUGUAACGAACAGGAGAAAAUGGAAUUUGACGAGGACAUCACUCAUAUCGUUCAGCAAGCAUUUGCAAGAAAAAUUUGGGAGUCAAGCCCUCAAAACAUGAACACGUGGUUCGUCGAUAUGCAGACAUGCGAGGAAGGAAUAGUUCUUUUAAUGGCGGCCCAUUGCGCCGACAUAUCCAUACAAAUUCAUUUUGCACUUGGAUUAUUACCCUUGGUCGGCACGACAUUGUCAAACUCGUUUAAAUGGUUUAUACCAGUGAAAAUCGACCCAAUAUUUUAUCACAACGAUAUAGAAUCGAGGCUAGUUUCCUAUCAUUUCAUAUUGUGCGGUUGGGAGGCAGUUAUAUACAACCAGCACAACGUCCUCGUAGUUAACACCGCAUCUGAAGUCGAGCAAGAUAAGAUUGAUCUGGUGAGAGGUGGCGAGGAUGGUAUACUUGGCGGUGCUAUAUGCUCGUCGACUCCAGUUUUGUUCACAAAAAGUAUUGGUCUCAUAUCCAUUACGCCGGUGGACUUUGCGGUGCAGGAUUUUAAUACCGGGUACACAGAUACCACCAUGAGCAUGGACUACACCUACAAAGUGAAUCAAACCGCCCAGAACUUUUCCACUCUUAUAAGCAACGAUGAAUUACAUGAUAUGUAUUGCAGCUCGGAUGCGGCUACACAAUUACGCGCCGCCUUUCUUCUAAGUCUGCGACAGAAUAAGGCGCAAUGCGACGAGAUUCUUUCGCAGCUGUUUCCUCUACAGGAGGAUCCGGUAAUGGACAUCGACGCUACUCUCGACACGCUCGUUUUAAAGGUCGCGAAGGAUUUGAUCGAUGAUUAUCCGGCGAACGAUCCGAGAUGGGCUCAUCACAGAGAUCUGUCGAUGACGGUGAACGCGGUCACCUCUAUGCAAAUACCGCAUCAACUAGAAGGUAAACAAAAGGCAUUAGAUCUCUUCGUAAUGUUUUUGAAGGAGCACAACUUGUGGAACAGGUUCUGCGCGGUCACAUGCAGGGGAACUAUCAUGUCUACGUCCCACAUGCUCGGGGAAUACGCGGAGAAAAUAGUCGCGACGUUGACUCUGUACAGUCUACAAAACAGAUAUGCGGAAAUCGUAGACGCGGUCGUAGAACAGACGUUGAGUCAGAAGGAAGCGUACGUGUCCGACGAACUUACGGCGCGUGACGUAUUCUACCGCGAGGUAAGCACGGUGCACUUGUUUCUACCGAUUCUGGUGGAGAAGACCGUGGAGAUCACGCAGUCUGAGAGACCUUUGCAACAGGUUGGCCGGUACAUUGUGCAGGUCAACGCCAUUUUACUGGCCGUGUUGUACGAAGUGGUAAAGUAUCGUCAGUACAACGCUGAACGCUUUGUCCCUGCCAAGUUUUCGAACGAGAUAACGGAAUAUCUCCCUUGGACGGCCGCACCGGGUAAACACGGCUUGAGAAACUGCCUCAAUACGAUGCAAAGCAUCACCGUUAAGCACGGCGUGACCGCGACCGGCGACUCCACCGUGAGAAACGAGCUGUAUGAACAACUGGUCAGCUUGAUCGAUUUGAUAUUGGACGGAAGAAAGUGUCAUUUGGAGAGCAUUCGCGGCACGGAGAAGUUCGAGGUUCUCUUGAAGCAAUACGAAACGGAACGCGCCAAUCUGAUACAGCCGCUGAUAAAGGAGGAGCAAUACGAUAAUGCCGCUAUGCUCGCUGAGAAAUAUUGCGACUUUCCCUCGCUCGUGCAAAUCUGUGAGUUGACCGACAAUAAGAAUCGGCUGGAUGGGUAUGUCGAAAAGUUCGCGGCGCAGGAUUUCGCCGGCUUCUUAUUUUCAUGGUACGUGAAGGAUGGACGUCAGGGGCAGUUGGUCGAGAGAUGCAGACGCGGCGGUACCGCGGAGUUGACGGAAAAGCUGUCGGAGCAUCCAACCCUGUCCUGGGUGCAAGCGGCGCUGACCGACGAGCUGCGAUUUGCCGCCAAUACGCUUCACACUUUGGCGGUUCAGGAGUCCGAGUUGGUUACCCGUAAAAAGUCGAUGCUCUCGUUAGCCAAGAUGGCUCUACUCGCGUCAGACGACCCGGAGGAUAAGGUGAUGGACUGCGUGAAAACGAUCGACAACGAAUUGAUGCUUAUAGCUUACCAGGAGGACCUGCCGGCACAAGUGCUCACUACAUACGGCUACGAUAUCAAGAAGUUGCGAGUACUCACACCGAGGGAAUUAAUUAUGCUGUACACCUCGAGUGACAAUUUCAUUGCCAAUGAGUACGAUUUCAAGAAGGCUCUCGAUUUGCUCGACUACGUAGAGCAUGAGGAGGACAAGUCGUCUCUGAGAUUGCAAAUUUGGGCACGCGCGGCUCGGCGAAAUCAAUGGGACAACGUAGAGAAGAAUCCCGAUCAACAAGUUCAAGAGACCUUAUUUUUCAAGUUGAUGGAUCUCACGUACUUCAUGGGUGGGAAAGCGGAUGAAUUUUUGCCGCACAUUGAUAUGCUUCUUAAAGAACCAGAGCUCGGGGAACUUGCUGUUUCUAGUAAUUUUCAAUUUCUUAUAAAAUUGAUAUACGAAUAUGCUUAUCGAAGCUAUUGAUGUAUAAAAUAUUCACGAGUAUAAUUAUAUUUUUGUACGCAAUAAAGGAAAGAAAAAUUGUAUACAUAAAUAUCGACUUGCAAAGCAACGAUACUACUAUUAUCACCACUACAUUAUUAUUUCUAUCUUACUAAUGACGCAUUAAAAUUUUGUCGUUAAGGGGAUCCUAUAGUGGCAGUAGUU